AUGGCCCCUGACACAAACACAACCUGGCAGCUGCGGGCUGUCAUUGAGGGCUCCCCAUCAUUAGUGGAGGCUUCCUCAGGGAGGCAGACUCGGGAAUGUGGAUUACCCUCUACCUCCUGCAAGGCUGUGACUGACCCGCCAAGGAUCGAGAAGAUGAAUCAAAAUACCGUAGCUUCUCUGCUGGAGUUGGCUACAAAGAGUGUGCUAAGCAAUCAAUCUACAGGCAUCCGUGCCCUAGAACUACUUCCUAAACAUCUGUUCCUUCCGCUAUUUGUUACUGCGUUGAAGGAAAGACAGAAGAAGAUGUUAACAGAAAUAGUAAAGCGUUGGCCUUUUCAGUGCCUCCAUAUUGGGUCAUUGAAUAUCGAAGAUUCACCCCUUGAAAUAUUCGAAGCCUUAGUGGAUGGUCUUCAGAUCGUCUCUGACGAAAACAUAUCCUCAGGAGGCCCCCAACUUCAGGUUCUGGAUUUACGAGAAAACAUGGACUGUGAACUAACAUGUUACUACAGAGCCAGUUCACCAUUCUGUCUUAGCUCCUGUGUUUAUGCUCAUAAUGCCAUCCCUAAUGCCGAGGAAUCCCAGAAUAGGGAUAGAGGCCUUGAAAUGGGUGCUUUGGAAUCUGAGCAUGCAUCAUCCAGGCGCAUCAUUGAGUUAAUAGUGAACAUUUCCUUCCGUCGUGGCUUCAGAAUGAAUCAAUUCCUUUAUUUUCUUAAGAGGAAGAUUAGGCAGAGCUCUGGGAAUUUGCACCUUUGCUGCAGAAAGGUGUAUAUUCGUAACAUGUGUUCGCACACAAGAAGACUUCGGUUCCUGAAUCCAGCAUGCAUCAACUGCUUGGAAGUGAAUCGGGUUCAUCUGAGGAAGGUUACCAGGCUUUUUCCUCAGUUGAUCUGCUUGGACAAACUGAUACUUACUGCCCGUCCCUUUCAGUAUUGUGAGGGAAGAAGCUUCAGAAUUUUUGUGGAGUGGCUUGGAAAGAUGGCCAUCCUUCGAGAUCUCUCUUUAUCUUCCUUCUACCUCGGUGGUCAUCUGGAAGAACUGCUCAGCGUCCUGCUAUCUCCAUUGGAUUCCCUGAGUCUACGUUUUUGUAAUCUCUCUACUGUAGAUGUCACCGUGUUGUCAGAGAGCUCUCAGCUCACCCAUAUAACACGACUGAAUCUGAGUGACAAUAAUUUAUUUAAGGAAAGUUAUUAUCCCUUCCGGAUGCUGCUGCGGAGGGCCUCAAGAACCCUGCAACAUCUGGAGAUUAGAAACUGCAAACUCACCGAUGCUAUUCUCUCUGCUCUUCUCUCAGAACUGAGCUGCUGCUCCGAGCUCUGUGUCUUUUGCUUUUCCUCCAACCCAAUCUCAAUGAGUGCACUCAAGGGUUUUCUGCAAAGAGUAGCAGCUUGUUUGAAGCUUCAGGAAGUGAUUUAUCCAAUCCCUGUUCAUUGUUAUGGAGACAAUUCGUAUAUCUUGAACUAUGAGAGACUCAGUGAGGUGCAGUACCAAGUGAAGCUGAUGCUACAAGUGGUAAAGCGGGAAGACAUGUACUGGUCCACUUCUACUGUCUGA